UGGACAGAGUUGGCCUUCGGGAUAACUCAGCUCCUUCCUUUGCUACUUAUGUGCCUGCCUUUUUUGGAUGGUUUAUUGUUUACUGACCAUUUCUCCUCAACUUUCCUCCUCUUUCAAAGGUGACGGGAUUGGUGCUGUUCUCUUUCUGGAGAGAAAGACAUCCUUGGUCAUCUAAAGCAUUGCACUCUCUUCCUGAGAGAGGCAAUGGCCACAGCAGGGAACGACUCCUUCAUUGCCGAGGGAAUGACUCCGCCACAAAGGAUCCUCUUUCCCCCAGAGAAGAUUUGCAUGGUCUGGCAGCAAAGACAGAGUGCUGGAGCAGGACUCCUCAAUGUGGGCAACACAUGCUUCCUUAAUGCUGUCCUGCAAUGCCUGACAUACACCCUGCCGCUGGCCAACUAUCUGCUCUCCCGGGAGCACAGCCAGGCCUGUCGCCAACAAGGCUUCUGCAUGAUGUGCAUCAUGGAAGCGCAUGUUAACAAGGUCCUGCAUUCAGUCAGUGCCAUCCUGCCUUUGGCUGUUCUCAGGGGUUUCAGAUUCAUAGGAGAACAUUUUCAGCUUGGCAGGGAGGAAGAUGCCCAUGACUUCUUAUGCUGUACUGUCAAUGCCAUGCAGAGAGCUUGUCUGAGUGCAAGCAACGACUUGGACAUAUCAUCUCAAUCUACUACCAUUGUCCAUCAAAUAUUUGGAGGCUUUCUGAGAUCCAGAGGUAUGUUUCUACAACAGCUGCUCUCCUUGGCACUGCCUGUGCCCUUCUGUCUGCCUGUGCCCAACAGCUGGCCCUGGGACUAGCAGGACAGGUACAAUGAGCACAAAGCAGUACCAUCGUUCAGCUCACCAUUGCUCGGCAUUUUGAUUUUUCCUUCCAGUCAUCUGCUUCAGCUGCA